UUUUAUUUUCGUGAAUUCACAUGCAAACGGUUCAGUUAUUCGCGGGAAUCUUAAGUCUCUGCGCUCAUAAGUCACAUGACAGCGAGCUUAGAAUCGUUCGUUAAAUUUUGAAAAAUAAAAGAAAACCCUUUGUUCUGAAGAAACGCACCAUCAAACUAUGAACACUUUAGCGUCGUGUAAUGAGAAAUUCUGUAUGAUACUAAUGUUACUGAAUUCGGUGUCAUAUUCUACUAAAGCAAAAACUAUCUUCAUUGCGAAUGAAAAAAGCGAACUGGACUGGUGGCAGACUGCGGUUUUCUAUGAAAUUUAUCCGAGAUCGUUUAAAGAUAGCGAUAAAAAUGCGGUGGGAGAUAUCAAAGGAAUCGAAGAAAAAGCGGAGUACCUCAAAGAAAUAGGAGUGGAUUGCGUUUGGUUGUCACCAAUUUUUAAAUCACCAAUGGCAGAUUUCGGUUUCGACAUAUCAGAUUUCUAUCAGGUUGAUAGCAUUUACGGUACCAAUGAAGACUUGAUCUCAUUGCAAAAAAAACUCAAGUCAUUAGGGAUAAGAAUUAUUUUGGAUUUUGUACCUAAUCAUACAAGUGAUGAACACGAAUGGUUUAAGAAGUCUGUACAAAAAAUCGAUCCGUAUACAGAUUAUUAUGUAUGGAGAGAUGCUAAAAUCGAUCAAAACGGUUGGAAUUUACCACCAAAUAAUUGGCAAAGUUUAUUCAGUAAAUCAGCAUGGACGUGGAACGAAAAACGUAAACAGUAUUACUUGCAUCAAUUUAGCCCUAAAGAACCGGACCUAAAUUAUAGAAAUAAAGAAUUGGUCGAGGAAAUAAAGAACAACUUGAGAUUCUGGUUGAAUCACGGUAUAGACGGAUACAGAGUAGACGCAGUAUCGUAUUUGUUUGAGGAUUCAAGAUUUUUGGACGAGCCUAGGAAACCAGAAGAGAUUGCCUCGAAAGAAAAAAACACCUACAAACAAUACUAUCAUAUCUAUACAAUGGAUUUGUCCGAGACGUACGAUAUGAUUAAUCAAUUCCGGGACGUUAUCGAAGAAUACAAUCAGAAAGAUGGAACUACCAGGGUUUUGAUAAUCGGAGCGUACACAUCAAACAAUAUCACGACAACACAUUACAGUAACGAUACCGAUCCGGGAACACAUUUGCCGUUCAACUUCGGGCUGAUCGACAAACUGAACGAUGAAUCGAACGCGGCCAAUUUUAGCAACGCGGUAUACUCGUGGUUGGACAAUAUACAGCUAGGCAUUUGGCCGAUUUGGGUGAUCGGGAAUCAUGAUUAUCGUCGCGUGGCCAACCGGUUCGGCUCCGAGAUGGUGGACGCAAUGAACAUGUUGAACCUCCUGCUGCCGGGCACCGCUUUCACGUACAUGGGUGAGGAGAUAGGGAUGGAGGACGCCCGGGUCCGGUGGGAUCAGACGGUGGACCCGAUGGGCCUGAACGCCGGGGCAGAUGGUUACCUCAAGGCGAGUAGAGACCCGGAACGAUCUCCUUUCCAAUGGAACGCAGACAUAAGCGCGGGAUUCACCGCGGGCCCCAGAACGUGGUUACCCGUGAACCCCAACUACUGGAGACUGAAUUUGGCCGCGCAGCAGCAGCAACCGCGAAGCCAUUACGCCGUCUACAGACGGUUGACCGAGCUCAGGCGGACCCGUACCUUACAGCGAGGUGCUUUCGAAGGACACGUCCUCUCUGAGUGGGUGUACGCGUUCUCCAGGACAUUUCAAGGAACCGAAACAUACUUGGUAGUGAUCAACUUGGGUUCUGGGUACGAAACCGUAGACUUGUCUGAUUUGCAAGUAAUCAAAGAGCAACAUGUGCUAGUGCACACGUCAAGCGUGAAUUCGGAGUAUUCGGUCGGAGAUACAAUUAAUAAGAACGGUUUCAAAAUGAGAACUAAAUCGGCGUUAGUGUUGACCACCGACAAAAAGGUAUCGACUUCAUCGGCGGCAUCAUCAGUUUCCUCGAUGAAAAUAACUUUAGCGGCUUUGGCUUGCGCUUGGGUUAGCCAUUGUGGUAGGCAAAGUGCUUGAAAAUACGUAACCAAUGCUAUAUCAUUUUACUUUUUUAUCUUAUAAUAAUUAUUGUAUUUUCGUUCUUUUGAUAAGAAAAACUGAAGUUUACCACCAAGAAUAGCGAUUAGACGAUUGAUAAUAUAGUGCAUUUAAAAGUAAUGUUUUUAUUCAGCCCAAUAUUAUAUUACGUAUACUACAAUCGGAAGUGUUGUGAAAUCAUUAUGUAUUUAAUGUAAGGACCAAAAUUAAACUAAAUAAUUAUGAUAAUUUAA